AUGGCCUUCCCCGCCUUUGUGCAGACGGCUGCUGCCAACAGCACCUGCAGAGACAGCGAGCGCUGGGGCGGCGGCGCGGCCGAUCGCAGCAGCGAGGAGGAGGAGGAGGAGAAGGGCGGCGGUAAGGAGGAGGCGGCGGCCCCCUCAGCCCCCGCCCUCAGCGAGGACGACGACGAUGACGAUUCGGAGGAGGAUUCGACCGAGACCGACUCGGAGGACGACUCAGAGGAGCACGGGGCUGCGGUGGAGGAUGACUUCAACCUCACAGAUUAUGACUACCUGCCCGUGUCUUCAGAAAUCAAAGAACUCUUUGAGUACAUCAAGAGGUACACUCCCAAAACAGUAGAGAUCGACCACAAACUGCAGCCUUUCAUUCCUGACUUUAUUCCUGCAGUUGGAGACAUCGAUGCGUUCCUAAAGGUGCCCCGUCCCGACGGCAAACCUGAUAACCUGGGCCUGCUGGUCCUGGAUGAGCCAUCGACCAAGCAGUCGGACCCCACCGUGCUCUCCCUCUGGCUGACGGAGAACUCCAAGCAGCACAACAUCACACAGCAGAUAAAAGUGAAGAGUUUGGAGAAUGCAGAGAAUAACCCCAAAGCCAUUGACAACUGGAUUGAAAGUAUCAGCGAACUGCACCGCUGCAAACCACCUGCCACGGUCCAUUACAGCCGGCCCAUGCCCGACAUCGAGGUGCUGAUGCAGGAAUGGUCACCAGAAUUCGAGGAGCUCUUGGGAAGGGUGGGGCUGCCCACAGCGGAGAUGAGCUGCGACCUGCCUGAGUACAUCGACAUGGUCUGCGCCAUUCUGGACAUCCCCGUGUACAAGAGCCGGAUCCAGCCUCUGCAUGUCCUCUUCUCCCUCUACUCAGAGUUCAAGAACUCGCAGCACUUCAAGCCUCUGGCUGACGGGAAGAAGAGCAGGAGCCCGCCCUCCAACCCCCCUUCCCGAGCGGUGGAGGCCGAAGUCUUGAGCUUCACGUGAAGCUUCCCCAUAACCCCUCGCCUGCGGGACAUGGAGAUGGGGCUGGAGCAGCUGACGAAGGAGCGCACGGCCCUCGAGAAGCCUCCCGGGGUUUAUAGGUGCUGCCGGGUGGUUCCGUGCUCCCGGAGCGGGGCUGGACCCACUGCAGGAGCUGCCCGAUGGCUCCACUUUCCCCUCGUUCCCUCAGCAGCAUUAAACCGGCUCUUCCCAAGGACCCUGCGCUGGGGCUGCCCCGGAGCCUGUGAGCAAGUGGGGGUGAAUUCCACACUCUGACACCGCCCUGGCAUCAGCCCAGGUGCUCCCAGCUCCGCUCUGGGGCUGGUGAGUCUCCCCUGACCUGUGAAAUUGAGCCUUGUUUCUAUCCUCAUGCCCCUUCGCUGUUGCGGAAGAGAAAUAACGAGCGCAGCACCACAUUGACACUCGCGGUUAGUUUAUUGCUGUUGGGAGCGCACUCUGCAGCCCAGGGGCACGUGUGGCAAAGGUCCCCGUGGGCCCCUCACCCCUCUGCCCACCCACCCCAGCUGAAAUAACGCCCCGACCGGCUGCUGUGCCAUGAGCAGAGCCCAAGCGCUGGGGGCACAGGGAGGUUUAUUGGGGGAGCUGAGACAAAGCAAUGCGCUUCGGCACGUCCCGGCUCUGGGAGGAGGAGGAGGAAGAGGAGCUCUGGCCCCGCAGACAGACCCUCUCCACGGGCACGGACGUGCCCACCUCAGGGGUUUCCGGGGCCGCUGGGGUUGCGCAGCAGCCCCAGCAUCUCGCAGAGCAUCUGGUUGCAGAGUGCUGAGUAGGGGUUCAGCAGCACCAGCUGCCGCCGGGC